UUCAUAUGUUAACGAUAACCUAAUAAAAGAAAUUUGUUUGGGGUUUUACCGGUCUUUCUUCUUCACCUUCUCCGGCAUCGGAAGGAGCGUACUCUAUCUGAAGUCGGCCCUAAUUUCAUCAUCACACUCAACCUCCAUUCAAUCUUCCUUCUUCUGUUACUUGUACCAAUUUCAUUGAUCUUCAAUCAAUUCGUCUCCGACUCCCAUGGCCACCUCUCAACAUCCACCACCUUUACAGAUUCUUGUUCGAGGAUCAGAUGGUUUUUCAAUUUGGAAUGGACCCCCAUUCAUCGACAACCAACCCACCAUCAACAAACUCGACAAGGUUGCUUGCACCAGUACGAAAUUCAGUGAAGAUGGAUCCAAAUUGCUGGUUACGAAGUCUGAAACUUUGACCAUUUACGAAUGCCGUGGUUUUGGAGAGAUCAAGUCUUUUGAAGUACCCAAUUUGCUUGCGGCUGCUUUGUCACCAUGUGGGACUUAUCUCCAGACAUUUCAGAAAUCUUCAACUCCUCAAGAAAAGAAUGUUGUUCUCUGGAAGGUUGACACUGGUGGUCUUGUGUACUCUCAAUUUCAGAAGAAUAUGACCAAAGUGUCAUGGCCUGCAAUUCGAUUCAGCUCUGAUGAAACUGUUGCCUGUCGGAUGGCUACUAAUGAGAUACAGUUUUUUGAUGCUAAAGAUUUCUCUAAGGGAGUUAUUCAUCGGCUUAGAGUUCCAGGAGUCACUGCAAUUGAACUCUCAAGGACACCUGGAACCCACAUUGCAGCCUUUGUUCCCGAGUCCAAGGGGGUUCCUGCCAGUGUCCAAAUCUUUGCUUGUGGAGAUUCACAAACUCAACCGAUUGCUCGACGAAGUUUUUUCCGUUGUUCAACGGUACAACUAAACUGGAACAAUGGUUCUACUGGGCUUCUAAUUGUUGUGCAAGCAGAUGUAGAUAAAACCAACCAGAGUUAUUAUGGUGAAACAAAGUUAAACUACUUGACAACCGAUGGUGUUCAUGAAGGACUUGUACCACUUCGUAAAGAAGGGCCCGUCCAUGAUGUGCAGUGGUCACAGAGUGGUUCAGAGUUUGCAGUAGUAUAUGGGUUUAUGCCUGCAAGAGCAACGGUGUUUGACAAGAAGUGCAAGCCUCUUCUUGAGCUUGGAGAAGGUCCCUACAACACUGUACGAUGGAACCCGAAGGGGAAAUUUCUAUGUUUGGCUGGCUUCGGUAAUCUGCCUGGUGACAUGGCAUUUUGGGACUACAAGGAGAAAAAACAACUUGGAAGAACAAAAGCUGAAUGCUCCGUUACUAGCGAAUGGUCCCCAGAUGGGCAGUUUUUCAUGACUGCCACAACGGCUCCAAGACUUCAAGUUGACAAUGGGAUAAAAAUUUUCCAUUACAAUGGAGCUUUAUACUUCAAGAAAAUGUUUGACAAGUUGUUCCAGGCCGAUUGGAAGCCAGAGUCUUCAGAUAAGUUUGGUGAAAUCGAUCUACUAGUUAAGUCUGUAGAAUCGCUAAAUGUUGAUCAAAAGAAAACACAAGGUCAAGGGUCAAAAGUCUCACAAACAUCGCAGAAAACCGCACCUUCGAACCCACCUGUUCAGAAGCCUGCGGCUUAUAGGCCUCCACAUGCGAAAAAUGCUGCUGCUAUUCAGGCAGAGUUGCUUGGAGAAGGCCCUAAAGAAACACUGAGUAAGAACGCCAUGCGGAACAAGAAGAAAAGGGAGAAACAAAAGGAGAAGAAGGCAGGGGAAGCUGCUUCAUCAGCCAAUGAUGUGUGAGGUAUGCAGUAUACAACAUAGAAUUCAGAUGUUUCCAUGUUCGCUUCUAGCAUUUGCUCCAGGAGCUUUUGAAUUUGAAGCUGAGAGCUUUCUCAACAACGGAUUCAAGUGAAAUAUUAACUGCCAAGGGAGACAAUAGGUAGGUUCAAUCCUUCAAGAAUUUUGAGAAAAAUGUUAAAUGUAACACAAGGCUUAAGAGUCUCUUGAGUACCAAGUUAUUAUUGGUCUUAUCUUUAUGGUUUUAUAAACCUUAAAAAGGUGAACCAUCCUUAGCUGCAGUUAUCAUGUUCUUGGAUUAUUUUCAUUAUGAUUCGAAGUUUCAACGCCAAACUGACCAAAAUCAGAUCAAGCCAAUAUGAUUGGAACCAAGAAAAUUAAACAAAUUGAACCAGCUAUCAUUUGCUGUAUGCUUCAGAAAUUGAGCUGAAUACAUGUAGUAUAUAUAAACCAAUUGAAUCAAGUUUCUUUGAUUUUUUUUCUUUUCC